UAUGUUCGUCAGCUGUACAGAUACCUAAAAAACUCACUAGUUGCACAUAAAUGAAAAUGGAAGCGGUUUGUCGCAUAUGCAGAAGCAACUGCGUCACUCUAGUAAAUAUCUUUGACCAGCUGGAGCAGGAGCCGCCACUAGUUGACAUUCUGAAUGAGUGCGGCAAUUGUAAAAUAAGCCCUACUGAUCCGUUGCCUCAGAACAUAUGCCUGUCCUGCAUAUUGGAUGCUCAAAAUGCAUUUCAAUUUAAGCGCAGGUGCGAGCACAGCCAACAGUACUUUUGGCUAUUGCUUGGUGUUGAAAACAAGGAUAUUUCCGACUGCGAAGACGUAGGUGUUCAAUGUACACUCGACAUCAAAGAAGAGCCUUUCAAAGACCCUGAAAGUUGCUCAGCGACUAAUUCCGACUGCGAAGACCUACCUCUCGAAUGUACUCUCCAUAUUAAAGAAGAGCCGUUGGAAAAUAUCCCGCAAGGAAGCAGUCCUGGUAACCAAACCCUUGAAUGUAAUGCAAAAAGCUCUGAGGCUUUGCAGCUAGGUGUUGAAAAGAAAGAGAAUUCCGACAUCGAGAAAAACGCAACUGCCCAAUGUACUUCUGAAAUCAAACAAGAACCAUUGGAAAAUAUUCUGCAAGAAAGCUUUAAAGUAUAUGAAAGUAGCUCAGCGGCGUUGUUGCGACAAAACAGCAAUGAAAAGGUCGACGCCAAGAAAAGUGGCAAACCUAAAUUUUAUUCAUGUUUAACUUGCGGAAAAUUGUUUAUUGCUAAAAGGAACCUGACGACACACAAGCGCAUUCAUACAAACGCAUUCAACGGUCAACGACCAUUUAAAUGUAGAAUAUGUCAAGAAAAAUUUUUAACUGUCAAUCACCUGAAGAGACACAAUUUUAAUCAUGCCAACGAACGAUCGUAUAAAUGUCCUCACUGCUUAAAGACAUUUGCCCACCGUGACAAUCUCAAUAAGCACAUUCGGGUACACCUCGAAGACCACGAGCACAAGUGUCCGCACUGCCAAAGGCUAUUUAGGUAUGCCCACAUUCUCGACGAACAUAUUCGCACAGAUAAAUGCACUAACUCAGGGUACAAGUGUCCUCUCUGCCUGAAAAUGUUAUACUCUGAGGGUUAUCUAAGGCGGCAUAUGAGCAAUCACUCUAGAAAGCAGACGAUUGGCGAAAAAGUACCAAAAGAGAUGCAAACAAGAAUUGAUAAUUCUGAAGAUAGAAACCCAAGCCCGUUGUCUUUGGUUAAGUCUUAAUCAGAGAACUUAUCGAUUGAGACGGAAGGAAAAGAUUCGAAUAAGUUGCUCGAGCACCUUUAAAACCAGAUGCGCCCAUGUCGGACAUGAAAGCACAAAGUACCCUUAAGCAUUAAACAUUAUCUACUUUAAUAACUGAAAUAAAUAAUACGCGUAAAACCAAACAAA